AUGAAGUCCUGCAGUUACAGCUGUGUGACAACCACCGAGGAUGCCAAAAUAAUCUACGCCGUCGGCUCGGAUCGUAAAGUGAAGGAGAUAACAGAAUCCGCUAUAACGCUAGAGGUGGAGUCUGACGACAUGCUACUCACAACGAUCGCGUUGUCACGCAGCGGCCGAAUACUCAUUUGUGGAGGACAGGAGGGUCAUGUGCGGUCCUACCGUUUCCCCUUUUCGAACCACAAUGUCUGGGAGGAUUACGUGGGUCACUGCGAUGCAAUUUUGAAGAUGCGAAUCACGUUAAAUGAUGAAUACCUUGUCACUGUCUCCAAUGACAGUUCCAUAAUGGUGUGGACAUUACAAGAACGGGACAGCCGAAAUGUAAAAAUUGAGAGAGACGUAAUGUGGGCUGAGGAGGUUCUCAUCACUCGUUCAGACCUGGAAGAGAGGAACAUGGGAAUGUUGGAGUUAAGAACACGUGUGGAUGAGCUAAAGAUGGAAAACGAGUAUCAGCUGCGUCUGAAGGACAUGAACUAUAGUGAACGCAUCAAAGAGUUGACAGAGAAGUUCAUCAAAGAGAUGGAAACCCUCCGUAUGAAGAACCAGACUCUGCGUCUAGAGAAAGAUCGCGAAGAGGCGCGCCACAGUGAGGAGAAGCAAGAAAUAAUGGAGCUGCACAGCCGCGAACUCAAGGAGCUCGAAAUCACUUCCAGUCAACAGAUGAGUCUGGAAGUAGAGAAGAACGCUGAAUUACAGGAGAAGGCGCAAUCAAUGCAGGAGUCCUACGAGAGCCAAAUUGCGGAAAUGACCACAGCAAAAGAGAAGAUGUUGGAGGAACUGACAACCUUCUUUGAGACCAAGUUGAACGAGAAGACCCAGUUAAUGGAGAGCUUGAAAAAAGAGAAUAGAGAACAAGUAAUGGAGCACGAGGUGACCAAGAGGCUGAUUGAGGAAGAUGCAGAUAAAGAGAUUUUGGACCUGAAGACGCAGUAUGAGCGACGGUUAAGGGAGGAGAGGGAGUUGAUUGCGCGCCUGCGUGGCGAGUCGGGUAUCAUGAAGAAGAAGUUUGCCAGUCUCCAGAAGGAGAUCGAUGAGCACACGGAGGAGUUAAAGAAGUCUCACGGGGAGACUCAGAAGUUAAACAACGUGAUUCGUGGUCAAGAACGCGACAUUCAGGGCUUAAAAAAAGAAAUUCAGGAGCGAGAUGAAACCAUACAGGAUAAAGUAAGAAUGCUGUUCCCGAAAGUCAUUCGCUUUUCAAGCUCUACGUGGUUGAAUAUAAACUGUGACAUGAAAGCUUUUAUGCGCCUAAUGCAUAAUGAAAAGGUGAUAAUCAGGCAACAAUUAAGUUAUAAAUUAAAAUGGACCGUUAAAUUGAAUCAAACGGAUUGCGAUCCACUAAUAUAA